UGAUUGGUCACAAUUCAGCUUCGUUCAUUUGACAAGCCAAACAGUGCUAGGUUGUGGCUUGUCGUAAGUGAUAACAAGAUCUGUGCAUUAUUUUUACUCCACAACGAUGUCCGAGGAACGAUCUGAAAGAUCUGAUGGAAGGAUUGUGAAGAUGGAGGUCGACUACAGUUCCACUGUAGAUCAGCGUCUCCCAGAAUGUGAAAAAAUGGCUAAAGAGGGGAAGUUACAGGAGGCCGUCGAGAGCUUGUUGUCAUUGGAGAAGCAAACCAGAACAGCAUCAGACAUGGUGUCCACAUCCAGAAUCCUUGUGGCUGUGGUCCAAAUGUGCUAUGAAGCCAAGGACUGGGAUGCCCUGAAUGAAAACAUCAUGUUGCUUACCAAAAGGAGGAGCCAGCUCAAACAGGCUGUUGCCAAAAUGGUGCAAGAAUGUUACAAGUAUGUGGAUGCUGUGACAGAUCUUACCAUCAAGCUGAGACUGAUUGACACACUUCGCACUGUGACUGCUGGCAAGAUCUAUGUAGAGAUUGAGCGUGCUAGGCUAACAAAGACCCUCGCCAAUAUCAAGGAGCAGAAUGGAGAAGUCAAAGAGGCAGCCUCCAUUCUUCAGGAACUGCAGGUGGAGACAUAUGGCUCCAUGGAGAAAAAGGAGAAGGUGGAGUUUAUCUUGGAACAGAUGAGACUUUGCAUUGCUGUCAAGGAUUACAUUCGCACCCAGAUUAUCAGCAAGAAAAUAAACACCAAAUUCUUUCAAGAGGAGGGCACUGAGGAGUUGAAGUUGAAGUAUUACAACCUGAUGAUUCAGGUGGACCAGCAUGAGGGCUCCUACUUGUCCAUAUGCAAGCACUACCGGGCGAUUUACGACACCCCAUGCAUCUUGGAGGAUAGUAGCAAGUGGCAGCAGGCCUUGAAGAGUGUGGUGCUCUAUGUGAUCCUCUCUCCUUACGACAACGAGCAGUCGGACCUUGUGCACAGAAUCAGUGCAGACAAGAAACUGGAGGAAAUCCCUAAAUACAAGGACCUUUUAAAGCAGUUCACAACUAUGGAGUUGAUGCGCUGGGCUUCGUUGGUGGAGGACUAUGGGAAGGAGUUGAGAGAGGGAUCACCUGACAGCCCUGCAACCGAUGUCUUCUCCUAUUCAGAGGAAGCAGAGAAAAGGUGGAAGGACUUGAAGAACAGAGUGGUGGAGCAUAACAUCAGAAUAAUGGCUAAAUAUUACACCAGAAUCACAAUGAAGAGGAUGGCAGCACUGCUUGACCUUUCUGUUGAUGAAUCAGAAGAGUUCCUCUCCAGCCUAGUUGUGAACAAAACCAUCUAUGCCAAGGUUGACCGGCUGGCUGGCAUCAUCAACUUUCAGAGGCCCAAAGACCCCAAUGACCUGCUGAACGACUGGUCGCACAAACUCAACUCUCUUAUGUCUCUGGUCAACAAGACCACACAUCUUAUUGCCAAGGAGGAGAUGAUCCACAACCUGCAGUGACACAAGAACAGAGUUUAUUAUUUUAUGUUUUGAUUCGUAUUUGUUUUUUUUGGGGGCGUGCUUUUCAGUAUAUGUUGUAUUAGCAAAAUUUCACUGCAACCUAACUGCAGUGUCAUGUGGUUGGAAAAACAUUGUCAACCACAAUUAGUACCCCAAAAUUUUUUUUUUUCUUUUUUACUGUCCAUUAAAGCAUUGACAAUAAAUACAUAAGUACCUC